CACUACACCUCUGUCGUUGAUUCAGAACUGUUCCGGUGUUGUGACGCAAACCGGUUCCUUCGCUAAAUGAUCUCGCGCCGACUGUUCUGUUGAUUUCAGCACCGAAAACUCGUGACACCGGAACUGACACCGACUAACGGAGACCACGUUCCAUUACCAGAGAGACACCGACAUCUCUACGGCGAUCUCUGCAACACUCAGCAACUUGCACCAAACUAUCUGGAUCAAUAAACAGCUCUACAGGACGUGAGCGAUGCUGCAGCGGGUGGCGGUGGUCGGUGCUGGGGCAGCGGGACUCUGUGCAGCCAGACACAUCCUGUCCCGCCUGAACAGCUUCGCCCCCCCGGUGGUGUUUGAGCUCUCUGACGGCGUGGGCGGCACCUGGUGUUACACUGACCGCGUUGGGACGUACGACAACGGCCGGCCGGUUCUCAGCAGCAUGUACAGAGACCUGCGAACCAACCUGCCCAAAGAGGUGAUGAUGUUCCCUGACUUCCCCUUCGACCCCCAGCUGAACAGCUUCCUGUCUCAUCAGGAGGUUCGGACGUACCUGGAGAGAUACUGUCAGAGCCACAACAUCCGGCCGCACAUAAGGUUCAACACUGUGGUGGAGAGUGUGAAGCCUGUUGUCGAGACGACGGAGGGCGAGGAGGCGAGGACAACAUGGGAAGUGACAUCAUCAGAUUCAUCAGGUGGUCACAAAACAGAAACCUUUGACUCGGUCUUCGUCUGCUCGGGGCACUACUCCGACCCUCACAUCCCUCACAUACCAGGGAUCCAAAACUUUAAAGGGAAGGUGCUCCACAGCCAUGCGUACAGGAGUGCAGAGCCGUUCGCAGGUCAGUCGGUGGUCGUUCUCGGAGCCAGAGCUUCAGGUUUGGAUAUUUCCAUUGAACUGGCCAAAGUUGGUGCUCAGGUGACUCUGAGUCAUGGCCGUCCUCGUCUCACCUGUCCUCUACCUGCUGAGAUUCAACAGUGCAGUUCAGUGGUGGCGGUCGAGGAGGACGGCAGCCUCCGUUUCCAGGACGGCUCUGUGGGCGCUGCUGAUGUCCUGAUGUUCUGCACCGGCUACAACUUCAGCUAUCCGUUCUUGGACGCCUCUCAGCUGGGUCUAGACAUCCAGGACCACGUGAUGUCUCCCCUGUACCGCUACUUGCUGCCCCCGGCCUUCCCUUCGCUCUUCUUCAUCGGCAUCUGCAAGGUCAUCUGCCCCUUCCCCAACUUCAACUGCCAGGUUCAGUUCGCUCUGUCCGUGCUGGAUGGCUCCGUCACUUUACCGUCUGCAGCCCAGAUGGAGGAGGAGGUCCGGCAAGAGCAGCGGGAAAAAGAGGAGCAUGGAGUCCUGCAGCGCCACCUGGUGGUCAUGGACCAGGAUCAGUGGGAGUACUGCAACAUGUUGGCUCGCACCGCCGGCUUCCCGCUGCUGCCACCCGUCAUACGCAGGCUGUAUGAGGAGGUGGGGCGACAGCGACAAGUUCACCCUGAAAACUACAGGAUGAUCAACUACAGGCUGAUCAAUGACAUCGAAUGGGAGGUGAUCGAUUGAUUAAUGGAGGAGGUGGAGCAGGUGGACAAAAUCACUAUGGCUCAACAAAGGGUUAUAAACAAUCAGGAAACAAAGUCCAGCAAACAUGCUGAGACUGUCAGAGGUGUUGAUUCACCUCGACGCUCGUUUUGUCGCUGAACGUUAAACAAAUCUGUCUUUUAUUCGUUCUGCUUAACACCAGCACUCCAGAUUGAAUCAUGCACCAUCUUGAAUUGUGAACGAAUAUCAGAUGAAGUUGUGUUUUUGCAGAAAGAUUCAGAGUGUGUCUCAAUCGCAUACUUCUGUUAGUACACUUCAAUAUAGUACAGUACGUACACUAUGUACUUCUUGCGUGGUGCACUAAUUUCAACAGUGAGGUGGUGGUAGUGUUGUCUCAAACUGUGUACUGUCAUUUUGCACUUACAGGAAGUGACAAUAGCUUCUUCUUUUUUUUCUUUUUUUUUUUUUUACCGCCUCUUCUUUGUCUUUCUUUUAAAUCGCCAACAUUCGCCCGCUAUCUCCUGUCACACAAAAAUCAAGCUUACGGUACAACAUCAGUGCUGAUAAAAAUGAGCUAGGAGCAAGUUAGCUAGCUAGAGAAUGCUAACGUUAGCUAGCAAACUAACAUUAGCACUCACGCUUUUGUUCACAGUACCAAAUCAUCACAGACUUAGGCGAUUUGAGACAUAAUGUCAGGCUCCCGAGAGGAUGAAUCCUACAAACUUUGGUGAUCCUCUGACUUUUCAUCUAGCGCCAUCAUCAGGUCAACAUGAUGAUGUGUUCAGUACCUGCAGAACUAAUGAUAUUAACAUCAGCCUUAACUGUGUUUACUGAUAAUCAGCUAAUGUUAGCAUGCUAACAUAUUAAACUAAAAUGGUAAAUAUUACACAUGCUAAAUAUUAGCAUUUUAGUGUUGUCAUCACGGGUGUAUUAGCAUGCUGAUAUUUCCAUUUACAGCAAAAGCGCCCCAUUACUAAUCUCCCAGCUCCGUGGACAGCUGCACUUUGUCUUUACUGCUGGUUAACGUGCUAACUGUCAGUAAGGGUUAAUAUUGCUUUUAAAAGUCUGACAGACAGAAGGAUAGUUGUGGUAACAUGUGGAAACAUAGCACCUACUGCCCACACUCCGGUCUCCACUGGUUUGCUAAUGUUAGCCUUGGCUGCUCUGCACUGCGUACCAGCCAGGUCGGGGGGGAACUAGCUAGCGGUGGCAAUCCUUUGCAAAUACUUUUGGUAACACUGUCCCGAUGAAGGAAGGAUGUUGAUGUGGAAAACCACACCCACCCUCCCGUCUCCCCCCAGGUUGCCCCGGUUUCAAGCAUUGUUAACUAUGUUAGCACUAUUAGUCUUGCUGACACUGCUAACUAGGGGUGGGAAUCACCAGAGGACAUGCUGUUAUAUUAUUGCAAUAUGCUGAGUAUUGCGAUGCAAUAUAUUGUGAUAUAUCCAAAAUAAGUCCAGAUGUUUGAUUUUAACGCUAAUGGCACAUUUCUGAUUUCGUUCUCUGGCGCCUCCAUCUUUGUUUUGAUGAACUUCCUGCCAAAUACUGCUGACUGAUACAUCAGCACCAUCUAGUGGACCAAAAGAGCAACUGAAUUUAUUAUUCUGGUACCAAAAGUUUUAUUAAAAUGUGUCUUUGCAAAAAUUUAUUUAGAUAACUGGUAGUGACAUUAGCUAGUCACUUAGUGUCACACCAACAUUUCAAGAGCUUAGCUAACGUUAGGGCACCAUAGCUCUUUUUUACAUUCGGUACUUGAAAGAACUGCAAAAACUAUUAAUGUGACUGACGUACACCUUCUGGUGAAAGCGAGCAGUAUAGGUCCAUAGAGCUGACCAUCCUCUUCAUAAUCUUGACAGUGAUUUUCUUCAUUUCAGUAGCUUGCUAGGCUAGCUGACUGGCUAACCUCGCUGUCACAAUGAUCAAAAACAACGUUUACAAAAACAAUCAGCAAAUGCUAUUAACAAUAUGUACAAAGCUAACUGCAAAGUAAAGUUACUAAGUUAACUUUGCACCGCUAGAUUUGUACAUAUUGUUAAUAGUAAUGUUUGUUUAUACAUUAGUGGUUUUGAUUAGUUCAAGGUAACUAGCUAAUGUUAGUCACUCAGUGUAGCACCAACCUUAGCCUUAUUUUAAGAGCUAACGUUCGGUCGCUAUGGCUCUUUUCUACACUCUGUGUUUUGAAGAGCUACAAAAAAUACUCAAGUGACUGACGUGCAUCGUCUUGUAACAGCAAGCAGUAAAGCUCCAUACAGCUGACUGUCCUCUUCGUGAACUUGACGGUGCUUUUCCUCAUUUUUUGUAGCUAGCUAGGCUAGCAGACUAUUUAAAGGUUAAUAUCAAACAGGAAAAAAUGCAAACAUAAACUACUAAAAAUAUUAAACUAAAAACAUACUAAACUAAGAUGGUGAACAUUGUAAACAUUAUUCCUGUUAAACACCAGCGUGUUAGCAUGACUCUUAGUGAUGUUUAGACUCAGUUUGUCUCAUUUUAGGUCAUAAAAAUAUUUCUAAAAAGGUUUAAGGUAUUUCUGUGUCAAAUAUUGCCUUUGAAUUAUUUUUUUGAGAAAAGUGAAAUUAUGAAUAAAAGUAGAAAUAUAAAUGAAGAAACUGUUUCAGUGUUCGAUCAAACAACGAUAUCCUCUGCAGAAAAUGUUUAAAGUGCAGGCAGAGGGUUCAGACUGAUGACACAGAUGUUAGUCGGUGUCAGAAUUAAUUCCCAGAUGAGUGUGAGAUGUGAUGUGUGGUUUCCUUCAGUGUUUCAGUUCAACAGUCUGAGCAGCAGAUGUGUGAUUAAUCAUUCCUGAGAGCGAGCGGAUCCACACGUUAACCAUGAACGAGGCCGGGGACACAGAGAGUUGAUGUCAACAACAGACUUUAAUCCACAUAUUUUGCCACAAAAUGUCAAAAUACACACAAAAAAGAGGUGUGACGUCACAGACUGACCUGAGCUCAAAACAACAACAACAACAACAACAACACAUGAAGCAGUGAACGUCCGUCAUGCAGAGUGUCCUCUGUGGAGGAAAUACAUUCAGACAGUAACAUGGCUGCCGCUCAGUGAUUUACAUGACAUUUAAACGUAUUGAUUACAUGUUGCAGGACUGAUUGACUGAAGGUUUGUCUUUACUAACACGAGGAGGAAAAAGUCUUAGUCAGCAGCCCGUUAAUGCUCUACAGAGCAGCGUCAGAUCUUCCGUCACAGGGUCAAAGGUCAGCUCCAUAAUGGCAAGAGGAGGUCAUGUUCACAAGUUAAAAUGGGUGUCACUUCCCUUUAAACCCCUCAGGUGGCAAUAAUGUCAUGUGGGCAGUAGUGAGUUUCAUUUAAUGUUUUCUACUGAAUCUUUUAAACUCGUGCCUUCAACAAUAUGCAGUUCCACCCCCGGUCCUCCGUGGGAGGCAGAAUAAAGGUGAUGAGUUAAUGUGCAUUGAAUUUAUCUGCUGAGUGUGUCAAACUCUCUUUAGUUGAAGUUUCUAAAAUGAUUUUCUGUUUUGUAUCAGUCAACUGAACGUUUGUGGUUUGGACCUCUGGUCAGACAAAAUGAAACAUCUGAAGACGUCACGUUGGACUCUACUAGUGGACGUCCACUAGUUUUUGGCAUUUUAGUUUAUAUAGAAGAUUAAGAAUAUCAUUUUAUAAAUCAAAAGAUUAAUUGAUAAUUAAAAUAUUCUUUUAUUUUUUCCCUAAAAUCAAACACAAGAAACAUUCAGCAUGUCCCAGAUCCAUACUGUCGUACGUCAGUGUUGUGCAUGAACAUGCUCAUGUGUUGGGUGAGUGGUGAAUUGAAUGUUUUCAUUUGCAACUAAUGAACAUAAUGUGAGCGACCGAUGGUGGAAGAGUUAAUGACACUAUAAUGGCACCCGGCACACCAGUGUUGUGUUGAAGACAUCUUCACUGUCAAGAUGUUUCCCCAUCCUACAUCUGAACCAAACCUUUAUCUUUACCUACAACCACGGAGGCGGGCGCUACGCAUUUUAACGGCAAGCAAACACUAUUCAAUGGGGGAACAAACUUUGACACGGCUGCUGAAGCACUUCAUAUGAAUAUUUGGAGGAGAUUUAGAAACAAGUCAGUUACAGAUUGUAACAGAAAAAUAUCUCACAUCUUUAGACAAACUGUGCUGGCUGGGUCUGAAAAUCAGGUCAGAGCGUCAGCUGCAUCAGUGACAAAUGAUGAAUUAAUAUGAAUUUAAUAAAUUAAUCUAUGUGAACUGAACUGAAUUAGCUGUUGUGGAUUUGGACAACACCACAGUAUAUUCUAAUUCUGUACAGAAUGCUUUCUAGUUUUAAUAGUUAUACAAAAAAAAACAUAUAGACCCUUUUACUGUUAGUGAACAGAGUGAUGUUUGUUGGUGGGCGGGGCUUAGCUGGAGGCAAAACAGUUCUCCACAGACGUUAGCUAGCGCUAGCUAACAAGUUGUGUUGUCUUGUUUUAGACGAUGGAGGAAGAUGAUGUGAGUGGUGCGUUCAGAAACACUCAUUGUGAGUGUGGGAGCGCACUCUGACACAAACUGGAGCGUUGAUAAAUUGGGAGCGCUGUCUGAAUGUAGCGUUGGGUUAUCCAGAGCAGCGCACUCUCAGAGUGGCAGAGCGCACUCUGGACACACUGUCUGUGGAGACGGAGCAGCAGAGCGCCGAGCGGAGUGAAUGUGUGAUUAACUUAACCGUUGGUUCAUUCAUGUAGAAAUAUAACGCUGCGUUUCUUCCACCAACAGGGCUCUCAUUUUAGUGUAGAGCGUCAGACUGAAUUUACCAACGCACCAUGUCAGGUCACUCACUCUCCGGGACCGCCAGUGUUACUUGAAUAAGUAAACACUGACCAACGGGACCAGACUGGCCGACCCGUAUGCUCUCACUCAGUGGAUGGAUGAUGUCACAGGAAGCCAAUCUUACAAAGGAGGACCACACUUGUUUGU